CGAAAGAGAACAGACGUGCUUUAAACAGCGGUACAUUCUAUUUCACCUAACGUGUAGUAGUAAACCUGAGUAACCGAGUUUUUUUUUCUAAGUUCCGCAUAACAUAUAUUUUAACGAAUGUCGUCUGUGUUUAUAAUAUUAUGUGAAGUGUUUCACACAAAUAGUUUAAGUUGGAACAAUAAACUAAGUUUAAAUAAAGUUAAAAUUUCAUUGUGCAGUUGAUCAUGUGUUAAUCAAGUGUUAACAAAAAAUUAAUUAAAGUUUAACAGCCACCAAAAAAAAAAAAAAAAAUUGAAAAAAUGGCCAAUAAAAUGUUUGAUGUUAUUUUAAUAUUUUUAAUAUGUUCAGUGAUAAAACAAAGUUUACAAAGAUCAUUAACAACACCAGGAAAUGAAGCACCGCGAGGAUGUGAUUGGAUUGUGCAAACAUCUCAAUAUCCACCAGAAAUGGAACAAAUUGUAUUAUCUUGUCGUUUACGAACAAUUGGUGGUGUUGAAACAUUGUUAUCAAAUUUAACAAUGUUACAAACGGAUCGUUUAACAGCACUUAAACUCUCAUGUAGUGAUGUGUUAUUCUUUGAAAGCUCACUUGAACCUAGCCAUCAUCGUGGGGGUUUUUUGUCACCAUUACGACGUUUACGUGAUUUAACAAUUGAAUAUUGUAAAAUUCGUCAUAUCCCCGAAUCAGUGCUAUCAACAUUACAUGAGUUACGACAUUUAUCGUUACGCUCACAUAACUCUGACUGGUCUGCAAUGAGCUUAGAGUUACAUCCCGAUAGUUUUCGUGGAUUGUCGGAGCUACGCACACUAGAUUUAGGUGAUAAUAAUAUUUGGACAAUUCCAACGCGUUUGUUUUGUCCAUUAUACUCGUUAACGGUUUUAAAUUUAACCGAAAAUCGUUUACAAGAUGUUUCCACACUUGGAUUUGGUAACAACGAUGAAGUAUCCUCGUGUAAUUCAGCAAUAGAAGUUCUAGAUCUGUCUAAAAAUGAUAUUAUAGUUUUACCCGAUAAUGGAUUUUCAAAUUUACAUUCGUUACAACAUUUGCAUUUACAAGAAAAUGGAAUAUCAACAGUAGGGGAUCGGGCAUUUAAUGGAUUAUUUGAAUUAAAAACGUUAAAUUUAAGCUCGAAUUCCAUAAUUGCACUACCACCAGAAUUGUUUCAAAUAAAUUCGAAACAAUUGAGUAAAAUAUAUUUACGUAAUAAUUCAUUGAGUGUAUUAGCACCGGGUAUAUUUGAACAUUUAGAAUAUCUAGAAGUGUUAGAAUUAUCACAUAAUGAAUUAACAUCGCAAUGGAUAAAUCGUGAUACAUUUUCGGGACUGAUACGUUUGAUUAUAUUAAAUUUAUCACACAAUAAAAUCCAGCGAAUUGAUAAUGGAGUGUUUAAUGAUCUUUAUAGUUUACAAAUAUUAAAUUUAGAGUAUAAUCAGAUUGAAGUGAUUGCGGAAAAUUCAUUUUCAACACUUAAAAAUUUACAUGCUCUCAUAUUAACAUCGAAUAAUAUCAAAGAGAUUAACGAGAACCACUUUAAUGGACUUUAUGUAUUAAACAUAUUAUAUUUGGAUUAUAAUAAAAUCUCAAAAAUCCAUCAAAAUUCAUUUGAGAAUUUUACAAAUUUACAUGAGUUAAUUGCAUGUAAUAAUCAUUUGAAUGAAAUACCAAUUGCUAUAACCAAGUUAACAAAUUUAAAAACAUUGGAUUUGGGUAAUAAUCAAAUAUCGGAAAUAACAAAUCAAUCAUUUUAUGGUUUAAAUAAAUUGUAUGGUUUACGAUUGAUUGAUAAUAAAUUAGUGAAUAUAACACGAGAUCAAUUUGCUAAUUUACAUACGUUGGAAGUGUUAAAUUUAGCGGGUAAUCAAAUUGCAUAUGUUGAACAGUCGGCGUUUAUCAAUAAUCAUAAACUGAAAGCAAUACGUUUAGAUUCGAAUCAAUUAACUGAUAUUAGUGGCGUUUUUACAAAUUUGCACAGUUUAUUGUGGUUAAAUGUUUCGGAUAAUCAUUUAUUAUGGUUCGAUUAUAGUCAUUUACCAAAAAAUUUGGAAUGGUUAGAUAUGCACUCAAAUAAUAUCGCUGUUUUGGGUAAUUACUAUGAAAUCAACGGUUCGCAACUAAAGUUAAACAUGAUUGAUGUUAGUUAUAAUCAAAUAACCAAAAUUGAUAAACUAUCGAUUCCCUCAAAUAUCAAAACGAUUUUGCUAAAUAAUAAUAAAAUUUCUCAUAUUGGUGUUGGAACUUUCUUAAAUUUACCCAUGUUAGAAAAAGUGAUUUUAUAUGGGAAUCAAAUUAGGAACUUGGAGUUAUCUGCAAUAUCGAUAUCAGAAAUUUUACCAAAUAACGAUUUACCACAAUUUUAUAUAUCAAACAAUCCGUUCGAGUGUGAUUGUACGAUGGAAUGGUUGCAAAGAAUCAACCAGUUAAAUCGGUUACGUCAAUAUCCACGUGUCAUGGAUUUAGAUCUUAUUGAAUGUCAAUUAACACGCCGUGCUUCGAUUAAAACAAAAAAAUUAAUUAAUUUAUCUCCCUCGGAAUUUUUAUGUAAGUACGAAACACAUUGUUUCGCUACUUGUCACUGUUGCGAAUUCGAUGCUUGUGAUUGUGAAAUGAUAUGUCCAGAGAAUUGUACUUGUUAUUAUGAUUUAACUUGGACAUCGAAUGUUGUUGACUGUUCCAAUGCGGGUUAUACGCAAGUACCUGAGCACAUCCCAAUGGAUGCUACUGAGAUUUAUUUGGAUGGUAAUAAUUUUGGAGAAUUAGGAUCACAUGUUUUUAUUGGCAAGAAAAAGUUACAGAAGUUAUAUUUAAAUAAUUCAAAUAUUGUUCAAUUACAUAACCGAACAUUUAAUGGUGUUAAAUCUUUACGAGUUUUACAUAUGGAAAAUAAUCAAUUGAAUGAAUUACGUGGAUAUGAGUUUGAUCAAUUGGAGAAUUUAAAUGAAUUAUAUUUGGAGCAUAAUGAUAUUGAUAAAGUUGGAAAUCAAACAUUUGUGAAAAUGCAUAAAUUAGAAGUGUUGAAAUUGGAUGAUAAUAAUAUUGUUUGGGAAAAAUUACCUGAGACUAAUGCACAAAUAUUAACAAUCAAUGGAAAUCAUUGGCAGUGUGAUUGUCAAUCGAUUUUAUCGAAUUUACAGUGGUUAACCGCAAAUCAACCAGAAAAACUAUUUUGUACGGGAUCAACCACAGAAACCGUUGCGGAUGCGCUGAAACAUUGUAAUGGUCAAGAAAAUGCAAUAGCAACAUCGGUGAUUCAACGUGAAAUUAGUUUUAAUCAAAAUUUUAUGCAUUCAACGUAUUUACCGCUGUUAUUAGCAGCAACAUUAGUGACUUUAAUUUUGUUAUGUUUAAUACUAGCGGUGGCAUAUGUUUUUCGACAAGAUAUACGUUUGUGGAUACACUCUCGUUACGGUAUACGAUUAUGUGGCUAUCACUCAGGUGGUGUUGAUGCCGCUGAAGAUCGUGAUCGGUUAUAUGAUGGUUAUGUGGUGUAUAGCAUGAAAGAUGAUGAAAUUGUGACACGUAUUGUGACUUCGGAAUUAGAACAAGCUGGUUAUACGUUAUGUUUACAUCAUCGUGAUUUACAUUUAGUUCCAGGUGCAUCCUAUUUAGCGGAUAGUGUGUUAAGUGCGGCAGAUGCUAGCCGACGUGUUUUACUAGUCAUAUCGCCAUCAUUUCUUGCCUAUGAAUGGUCUAGGCCUGAACUACGUGCAGCUUUAUUAGCUAGCUUACGUGGUCCACGGAGGAGGCAUAAGUUAAUGUGUAUCUUAUUAGAUGGUACGUUACCUCCAGCCCCUGAUCCAGAAAUGCGUGCACUUUUACAUGCCGCUACACCAAUUGCGUGGAAUGAUCGCAGAUUUUGGGAAAAAUUACGCUAUGCAAUGCCAGAUAUAAUUGCAUCAUCACCACGUAAAUUACAAAAUGCGGGGGGUAAUUCAACGGAUAUGCGUUGUAAAAUUGGUGGUGCAAAUAUGCAUGGGGCUCGAUAUACCGCAGCACCAACGGCAUUAGAUGCAUGGUAUCGUUUUAAUAUUACUGCAUCAUCCACACAGCAACAACAUCCACAUCAACAGUUACCAACAGCUCCCAUGGGGGGUGUCACACCGGGUGUACAUCAGGGUGUAGCAACACCUACACCCACACAAUCAACAUACGUAUCGGGGGAUGAACAAGAAGGUGGUAGUAGUGCAACCAGUAGUCAGCAUUACGAAUGUGCUGAGCAUGGUUACAUGGCAUUACCACAACCUCAUGUUUAUUCUACGAUAUCGGAUACUCGUGGUCCUACGGGACCUCCUCCACCUUUACCCCCACCUGGUGCACAUCAACAAACAAGGACUUAUUUUGUAUAAAAUUUAGUGAUAAAAUAGUUUUUUUUAUUUAUAAAUCGUACUUAAAAACAUUUUUGAUGAAGCAACGUAUAAUUUCGUUUAAAUCGUAGACGGCAAUACCACAGUGAAUUAUUUUUUCAGUAUUUAUUGUUUUUAAUUUA